ACAUCUUACUCAUCCUCAUUCGAGUUUAACCAUCCUUCUCAACUUCAUACUUAAACAAAAAUAUUGUUCAAAAAAAAAAAAAAAACAUCCUUCCCGUUGAUUUCUUGCUAAGCACACGGUAGUAAUACCAAUUACCAAGUUACCAACCACAAAUGGCAGCACCGAUAAACAACUGGUCCUUCCAGCUUAAAGAUGAUCAAGUCAUCACAAAAAUUAUGAUUAGACAUGGAUUCAUUGUCGAUGGAAUUGGCUUCGAAAUCACGGGUUCAGUUGGAAAAACUGUAGAGUGGUUUACAGGCUCCGGCGGAUCACUUUCUGAGAUUCCGCUGAGUGUUGGAGAAAAAAUCACCCAUAUUAGCGGGUCAACCGGGACGUACUACGAGGAGAUAUGCAUCACCACAAUUAAGAUUUAUACCACUUUACGUCCAGAGGGGUAUGGACCAUAUGGUGAGGCCAGGGCGGCCAACAAUGUAACGCCUUUCUCAACUCCGCUUGCAUUGGAUGGUUCUAUUGUUGGGUUUCUCGGAUCCAAUGGACAAUAUUUAAAUUCUAUUGGAAUUUAUAACGCGCGCAAUAUAAUCAAAGAACAUGGACCGUUUGGUAACAAAGAAAGUGGACAAAAAUGGCAAAUUGAGCUUAAUGAUGGUGAGCGAUUUUCCAAAGUAUUUAUCAAACAUGGAUUCAUUGUCGAUGGAAUUGGCUUUGAAGUAUCAAGUCCUACCGGAAAGAUCAGCACCCAAAUGUUUAGUGGACCUGGUGGGGACACUAGUGAGAUUGAUUUGGAUGAAAAAGAGUAUAUGACACAAGUAAGCGGGGAGUAUGGAAAAUACUUCAACCAGGAUAUCAGAAUCGCUUCGAUAACGAUCUAUACAAAUUUAAAAGUAUAUGGACCAUAUGGAAGAGGAGAGCAGGUCACAGAAGCUAAGCCUUUCUCAACUCCAGUGCCAUUAGAAGGCACUACUAUUUUUGGUUUUAAUGGAUCCUAUGGAACUUACCUUAACUCAAUUGGAUUAUCUGAUAAGUACAAGAAGGUUGACACUUACGGGCCAUUUGGACGUGCUUAAUGUUAUUAACGUGUUUCGCAACUUACAUGAAGAGAGUCGUUUUUUUUUUUCAAUAAGCUUACGGGGCAUUUGUUGUUUGUUGUUUUCUUUCUUAAUGUCAAUAAGCUCUUUUCGUUCUAUUUGAACUUGGAGCCAGUGUUUAUUGUGUUGUCAUUUACAUUUCGUUUUUGUUGACUCUCAAUAUCAAUGGACUUUUCUUUUACUCGUAAUUGAGCAACUGUCCCUUU